AUGCAAGCAAGGCAUUCAGCGCCGAGCAAGAACGAAGGUCGGGGAGCCCGACGCGGCGGCAAUGGUCGUGGACGCGGGGCUAACAAUGUCCAGUGGGGACAUCAUGAUGAAGGCAAUGGAUACGAUCGAGUGGCGUUUGCAGUCUCGUUCGAAUGUGGAGUUUCGACGAGCAAGGACGUGUCUGGAAUGUGGGCCGUCGACAGUGGUGCAACGCACCACAUUUGCCACGACAAGACCAAGUUCGCAAGUUUGGCAGAGCGCAAUGAGGGCGAACUCUUGGUGGCUGAUGGCAACAAGGUGGCCAUCAAGGGUGUGGGAACCAUCAUGGAAAAGGUGGUUCUGCCCAACGGUGAAGAGCGUGAGAUCGAAAUCAAGAACGCGCUAUAUGUUCCAAGUAUGAGCAAGAACCUGCUCUCGGUGCCACAGAUUAACAGCCAUGGCAAGUUUCAAGUCGUGUUUGACGGGUCCAAGAUGUAUGUGACUCUCAAGAACUCACAGCAAGUGGUGGCGACAGCGGAUCUCGUGGAUGGACUCUACUGGCUUCGGACGACUCAACGAUCAGCGAAUGUGACAACAAGUGGAACCAGUUGUGCCGAUCUACAUGCGAGAAUGGGUCAUGCUCCAGUCGAUGUACUUCGCAAGAUGAUCGCGACCAACAUGAUCAAGGAUGUGCGAGUCCCUCUCAAGUCGGGUGGAGCAACUACAUGUCGAGGAUGUCAACAAGGGAAAAUGGUCCAAAAACCAUUUCCAAGCAAUCGAGACAAGCGCAGCUACGAUACGUUUGAGCUACUUCAUCUGGACAUCUGCGGGCCCAUGGAAAAGGAUUCGCUCGGUGGCAGCAAAUAUUUGCUGCUGAUCAUCGACGAAGCCAGUGGAUGCAUGAAGGGCUUUUGCCUACGAGUGAAGUCCGAGAGUGAAGACUACAUCCGGAAAUAUAUCACCAUGGUACAGACGCAAUUCUGUAAGAAGGUCAAGUUCGUGCGACACGACGGAGCUCGCGAGUUUGCAACCAACUCGCUUCAACUGUUCUACGAAGACGAAGGCAUUGAACAGCAGACAACGGUGCCGUAUGCACAUCAAACAAACGGAACAGCAGAGCGUGCCAUUAGGACUAUUGUCACGAUCGGCCGCAGCAUGCUUCAUCAUGCCAAACUGGACAAGUGUUUCUGGGCCGAAGCAGCGAUGACGGCCAUCUACGUCAAGAAUCGACUGCCGUCACCUAAAGUCGUGCACAAGACCCCGUUUGAGAUCGUCUACAACUUGAAACCAAGCGUCAAGCACAUGCGAACAUUCGGGUGUCAGACAUACAUACUGACGCCUAAAGAGAAUCGACUCAAGUGGGAUCCAAAGGCUCGCGCUGGCAUAUUCGUGGUCUACGAAGAAGUUUCGAAGGCAUAUCGUGUUUAUGACAUCGAGGCGGGGCAGGUGGUUAUCAGCCGCGAUGUCAACUUCGACGAGUCCACCUUUGGACUUCAACUGCCGAUCACUGAUGAAGAUGUCGAUGACCUGGACUUCGAAUUGCUGGAUCUUGAUGACGAAGAGCUGCGUCAAAUGGAGUACAAGCAAACAGGCAAGCGCAAGAACCGACUCAAUGAUGAAGAUACAGCAGCUCCACGAUCGCGUGCAGUGCGUCAACGACCAGGACUAGAAGAGUCAAGCGCGCCGGAAAACAACUCGUCACGACAAGAAGAAGACGAAGAAACGAAGGAUUCUGGUGAUUCAACACCGCCUGUGUUUUGGCGUGCGAGUGCAAAUGCCGUUGAAGCAGCAGUGGACUUAUCAGAACCCUCAACAUUUGAAGCAGCAGUAAGCGGCCCUGACCAAGUGCACUGGAGAAAAGCAAUUCAUGCAGAGCUCGAGUCAAUGCGACUUCGCGGUGUGUUUCGUGCAGCCAAGCUGCCCAACGGACAACGCGCCAUUGGCACAAAAUGGGUGUUCAAGAUCAAGCGCAAGGCGGAUGGGUCAAUCGAGAAGUACAAGGCACGACUUGUGGCCAAGGGUUUCCGCCAAAAGUAUGGCAUCGACUACACGGAGACGUUUUCGCCUGUGGUCAAGUAUGUGACGCUGCGAAUGGUGAUCGCAAUUUCCAAGCAUUUUGGAUGGCCCAUCGACCAGCUUGAUGUGGUGACAGCUUUCCUGUAUGGCGUCAUGAAGGAACAAGUGUUCUGCGUGAUUCCUGAAGGCGUCGAACUUGACAGUACGUUCGACUGCCUGGAAUUGGUGAAGUCAAUUUACGGCCUCAAGCAAGCGUCGCGAGUGUGGAACGAGACGUUCGACGAGUAUGUGUGCUCCAUCGGAUUUCAAGUAUCGGACUUCGACCCAUGUCUCUACAUCAAGACUUCGGACGGCCAUUGCGUGUUUAUACUGGUCUACGUGGACGACGUCUUGGUGACUGGAAGCUCACUCGAGCUGAUUGCACAAACCAAGAACGACCUGAAGACGCGGUUCGAAAUGACGGACAGCGGCAAGUGUGCGUUUGUUCUUGGGAUCGAGCUUUUGGACGGUGAAGAUGGCAGUGUGACACUAUGUCAGCGUCGGUAUGUCGAUGAUAUCCUCAAGCGCUUUGGCAUGGAUGAUUGCAAGGCAGUCGCAAGUCCAGUCGACAUGAGCUCUCGACUUGUUUCAAGUGAUGCAACUACCAAGGUCGAUGCUCCUUUUCGCGAAGCUGUUGGUGCGUUGAUGCACCUGACCACUGCAACGCGUCCGGACAUUGCGUUUGCUGUGGGCUAUGUGUCGCGGUUCAUGGAAAAUCCCCAAGAAGAACACUGGGUUGCAGUUAAGCGUAUCUUUCGCUACCUACAAGGCACCAAGACGCAUGGAAUUUGCUACAAGCCAAGUGCAAGGAUCGACUUCCGUGGAUAUUCGGAUGCGGAUUGGGCUGGUGAUCUUACCGACCGCAAGUCAACAUCGGGGUACACGUUCAUGCUACUCGGUGCGCCAGUCAGUUGGGGCAGCAAGAAGCAGCCAAGUGUUUCGUUGUCCACGAGUGAAGCCGAAUACAUCGCACUCAGCUUGGCAAUUCAAGAGGGCAAGUGGAUUCAUCGUCUGCUUUGUGAGAUCGUGAUGGCUGCCAAUGAAGAAGGACCGGAACUCAUGAUCCAUGAAGACAAUCAGUCGUGUAUCAAGAUGACGAAGAACCCAGUCAACCACGGCCGUGCCAAGCACAUUGAUAUCAAGUACCAUCACAUCCGUGAUGAGGUCAAGCGCGGUGAAGUGAAGCUCAAGUACUGUGAAACUGCGGUGAUGUUAGCGGACAUCAUGACGAAGGGACUUCAUGGACCACGCCACAAGGAGAUGACGACGGCUCUCGGGAUUCGUGAGCAUUCGGAUUGA